AUGCCUGUGAUUUUAAAAGAGUUUGAGUGGACGCAAACAUCAACACAUAUCUACAUAGACGUUGAGGUCAAGGGUCUGGUCGCGAGCAAGACCGAUGUAUACUGCAAUUCUCUUUAUCUUCGAGUCAAUUUCGCUCCAUAUUUUUUCGAAAUCGAUUUAUUCGACAGGAUCAUCCAUGAUGCGUCCACGGCGAGCCUGGGAAACGACUGUGUCAAACUGGUCCUCCAAAAGGCUGAGGAAAAAUUGUGGACAACGUGCGCUUUUGUGUGCAAGUCAAGGGAUGAGCUUCGGCAGCGCCGCGAGCAAGGCGAGAGAGAGCUUCGUUUGCACGGCGAGCACCAUCGUGCCGAGCGCGCUCGCCAACAGAAAGAACGAGACCAUUUUCUGGUCAAGAAACAAAUUGAAGCUGAAAGAGAGGGGAGGGAGCAAAUCCAGCGUCUCAAGGCAGAGGAGCGCGCAUUGGCCCUGGCGUCUCUGUCAGAUACUACCUUGCAGAUCAAGCCGCAAUUGCGAGCUGGAGAUUACAGCGACGACGAAGAAGCUGGCGACUCUCUCGAGCCCGAACGAGAUUCAAAAACUCUUCCUUCGGAAACAUUACUUGAUGAGGUUGAUGAAAAAACGGAUGGUGUAAUCUUCAGAACACAGCGAUAUGACCCGUCAAAUCCAGCAAACCCAUGUAGCGGGGUUCAGCUCGGUGGCUAUGCUGCUCCAGAUACCAUUAUCAAGAGUAAAGCCAUAUUCGAUAGCCAGGAGGAUGUGGUAGAAGCACCAGACGCCGAUUCAGAUUCCGACUCAAACCUGGUUGACAUGGAUGUGAUUCGGGCGCGUGUGCGACAGCAGCUUCGCAACCAGUAUCCACAAGCAAAAUGGCUUGCUCGGAUCAAAACAUACCAGGAGCAGCUGAGAGUUGAAUCUGGAGGAGCCGUCGCCACUGGAGCGAUUGAAGACCAACCGAAAUUCUUGAAAGAAAGAGCCGAUACGUUCUUCCGGGCCCAAAACUUCGAGGCCGCCUUGAAUGCAUAUACAAAGUCGAUUGAGGCUCAGCCGAGAAAUCCUGUGUAA